UCAAGUCCUUAAUAACACGAGAAACAAGAAAGAACUUGAGUUUCCCGACUAGUCUAAGCUCUCUGGUGAAGUUCAGACUGGUUCUCGCCAGAGUUGGUUACCUCCAGCUUACCUUCUUUGAUCGAGCUUUCACUUGCCCCAAUAGUAGUCUCGAUGUCGAUACAAACAGUGAAAAUCAACAAUGUUUCCUUAAGUGCAACAGAGCAAGAUAUCAAGGAGUUCUUUUCCUUUUCUGGUGAUAUUGAAUAUGUUGAAAUGCAGAGUGGGAAUGAGUGGUCUCAAAUUGCAUUUGUUACCUUCAAGGAUGCUCAGGGAGCUGAAACUGCAAUGCUUCUUUCGGGAGCAACAAUUGUUGAUAUGUCUGUCACAAUAACUCCAGCUCCAGAUUACCAGUUGCCACCCGCAGCUUUUGCCCCAACUGAACCAAAGGAAACCAAAGUUCCUGGUGGUGCUGAAUUUGCUGUUCAAAAGGCAGAAGAUGUUGUUAGCAGCAUGCUUGCAAAAGGCUUCGUCUUGGGAAAAGAUGCCCUUAGCAAAGCAAAGGCCUUUGAUGAGAAACACCAACUCACAUCCACAGCCACCGCCACGGUCGCUUCUCUGGACAAGAAGAUUGGGCUUAGUGAGAAGAUAAGCAUUGGUACAUCUGUUGUCAAUGACAAAGUCAGAGAAAUGGACCAAAAAUUUCAGGUUUCAGAGAAGACCAAAUCAGCUUUUGCCGCUGCUGAGCAGAAAGUCAGUAGUGCAGGGUCUGCUAUUAUGAAGAACAGGUAUGUGUUCACUGGGGCUUCAUGGGUAACUGAUGCAUUCAAUAAGGUUGCUAAGGCAGCAGGAGAGSUGGGCCAGAAAGCAAAAGAGAAGGUCGGCAUGGCUGAAGAGGAGCAGAAAAGAGGGAUGGUGGAGGACUAUGCUCGGAUUCAUCUCUCUGAGUCACCAAAAGCUUUAUCGGAUGAGCAGCCUUCCAAACCUGCACCUGCACAAGGGUUGAUUCUUUAAUUGACUGAAAUUCUGUAAAUAUCUUUGUCUAGUCUUGGGAUUUUAUUUGUGUAUGAUUUACCUGUUUUGUUCUUUUAGUUUGAAAGUGGUAAAUGUAGAACAGGUUACUCCUAUUGUUGGAUAUGAUUGGUAAAAGUGACUGACUCAAUUUUGUUACACAAUCUGAAUAAGCCGAACUUCAUUUUCCUCUGUUUAAUUCA